UUCAAAUUUGAAUCGUAGUAGAUGAUGGAUUAUUAUUUACGACGUCAAAGAUAAAUGGAUCAAAAGUGACCCUGUACAAUUGAAUACGAUAAAAUGGAUAUACUUGAAAAAUGAAACGAAAUAUUUCCAUUAAGUGUCCUAUUUCAGAUUAAUCAUUAAUCGUAUUUUCAUUCUCCUAAAAACAUUAUUAUCCCUAAAUUAUCUCGAUACUUAUUUAUUCCUAUUAUGUAUUUUUGUAACCUCAAAAUCUUAGAAAUUUACAUAUCAAUUUUGAUCGAUAAACGUUCAUUAAUAAAACAGAAGAUGAUUAUCAGUAAACAACAGUUUGCAAAGUCUUAGGAUAUCUUACAGUUUCAACACAAAGAACGCUCUGCUGAUCUGCAUAUUGGGGAACGCGAUUCUUACAAUGUUGGUGCCAGUAGUGGCGCCCGUGUUGUGGGUACUUUACUUUACGAGAUUCGUCAUGGGUGUGGUGAGCGCGCCGAAUCUUCCUAUCGUUGCCAUCCUGGUUGGAAAAUGGAUCGUUUACGAGGAGAAGAGUUUAUGGUUCGGUAUUAUUUAUUCCGGCCUAUCGAUCGGCACCGUCAUCUCUAUAUUGACGUCAGGAAUGAUACUGCACGCCCUCGGAUGGGAGGCGAUCUUUUACAUCCACGGUUUCCUUCCGUUGAUCUGGUGCGCUGUAUUCUUCUUGUUCUUCGACGAUAACCCGGAAACGCAAAAGUACAUAACAGAGGAGGAGAGACAUUAUAUUGUGACCUCGUACGGGCACCGUGGCAUUGAAUCGAGGAAGAUGAAAGUACCAUGGAAAUCCAUUUUCACGUCGGUCCCGUUUAUAGCCCUACUUUUGACCAAUACAUUCGGUACCUAUGUUUGGUACUUCCUGCUUACGCUGUUACCUUUGUACAUGAACAAGAUUCUGAGAUUUGAUAUUCAAUCCAACGCAGUUCUAAGUUGCUUGCCGUACCUCUUAAGCGCAAUAGUGAAUCCGAUUUAUGGAGAAAUAUUGGAUUGGGGCAGACUGAGGAAUUAUUGGGAUCAGACAAUGGCGCGAAAGAUCGCAAUGUUCACAAGCAAGUUCUCUCUCUCUCUAUCAGAUGUAACAUACUCUCUUCUACUUUCUUCAUUCUAUUGUUGCGUCCCACCGUGUAUUUUUCUCCUUAUUAUCGCUUAUAUCGGUUGCUAUCGGACAAUAGUUGUCGUUUUGUUGAUGCUGAGCGUAAUGUUUGCCGGUACAAGUUUCGUCGGAUUUCUUUGCAACCACAACGAUUUGGCGCCAAAUUAUGCGGGAAUCUUGAUGGGUAUAACGAAUACGCCAGGAACACUUCCAGCCUUUAUUUUGCCCGCCAUAGUGGGCGCACUUACGGAAGACGGGGUAAGAGAUGAAACCGGAAGUGUGCGAGAACCGGAAAAUAUCGGGCCAGAUCGAAUGGGAUACGUGAGAUAUAUAUUUGCAUUCAUGAUCUGCAUCGCGAACAUGAUCAUCUACGGGCUGAAAGUUAACAUAACCGUAGCUGUCGUAGGCAUGGUUAAAUAUAAAGAUGAUAAAAACGACGCUUCGGAGGAAUGUGAAUUUGAAGCUAUAGCCCGAAUUAUCGAUAUACAAGGUCCGUUCAAAUGGACUUCGACGCAACAAAGUUUUGUUAUUAGUUCCUAUUUCAUCGGUUAUUUAAUAGGCAUGUUUCCAUGCGGAUAUUUCGCAGAUCGUUUCAACACGAAGACCGUUCUGCUGAUCUGCGUAUUGGGGAACGCGAUUCUUACACUGAUAGUGCCAUUAGUGGCGCCCACGUUGUGGAUAUUUUACAUUGUGAGAUUCGUCAUGGGUGUGGUGAGCGCGCCGAAUCUUCCUAUCGUUGCCAUCCUGGUUGGGAAAUGGAUCGUUUACGAGGAGAAGAGUUUAUGGUUCGGUAUUAUUUAUUCCGGCAUAUCGAUCGGCACCGUCAUCUCUAUAUUGACGUCAGGAAUGAUACUGCACGCCUUCGGAUGGAAGCAGAUAUUUUACAUCCACGGUUUUCUUCCGUUAAUCUGGUGCCUUGUAUUCUACAUGUUCUUCGGCGAUAACCCGGAAACUCAAGUGUACAUAUCGAAGGAGGAGAGAGAAUACAUCACGAGCUCGUACGGGCACCGCGGCCUUCAAUCGGUGAAUAUGAAGGUGCCGUGGAAAGCCAUUUUCACGUCGGUCCCGUUUAUUGCCCUCAUCUUCACCAAUUUAUUCGGAAAUUUUGCCUGGUACUUCCUGCUCACGCAGCUACCCUUGUAUAUGAACAAGAUUCUGAGAUUCGACAUUCAAUCUAACGCAGUUCUAAGUUGCUUGCCGUACCUCUUAAGCGCAAUAGUGAAUCCGAUUUUGGGAGAAAUAUUGGAUUGGGGCAGACUGAGGAAUUAUUGGGAUCAGACAAUGGCGCGAAAGAUCGUAACGUUUUUAAGUUGCGUCCCACCCUGUAUUUUUCUCCUUAUUAUCGCUUAUAUCGGUUGCUAUCGGACAGUAGCCGUCGUACUGUUGAUAUUGAGCAUGACGUUCACCGGUACAAGUUUCGUCGGAUUUCUUUGCAACCACAACGAUUUGGCGCCAAAUUAUGCGGGAAUCUUGAUGGGUAUAACGAAUACGCCAGGAACACUUCCAGCCUUUAUUUUCCCUGCUGUAGUGAGCCUAUUUACGCAUGACGGGCAUACCGUGGCACGAUGGAGAUACGCAUUUUGGCUGGCUGUUAUUGGACAGAUGAUUGCGUUCGUUGUGUUCACGAUCUUUGGAUCGGCAGAGAUUCAAGAAUGGAAUUAUAACGAAGAAAAUGAAGAAAAUUAGCAAACCGAUUUCUAAUAUUAUAUUUCUGCAUAUUUAUGUUUCAUAGUGAAAAAUGUAUUUUUACUAAUGAUAUUGUUAUAGAUUUUUCUUUCUUCGGAUACGAUAAUAAUUUUUAAUUAUUUUUAAGUAGUAAUAUUUAAUAGUAAUAAUAUUUGUAAUUUUAUCGUAUCCAGUGGAAAAGAUUGACGAAUCUGCAAAGAGUAAUGGAAUGAUUGCUGGACUUUCCA